AUCAAUCAAAUAUGACAACUUUCAAGUUUCAAGUAACCUGUCCUAUUUCCUAGUUGUUUAUCUUAAAAGCCGGACAGGACUUAUUUUAUUUUUUCUAAUUCGGCUUCGUUUCCUGCCAUGCUUCGUAGACGUGAUGGAGUACAAGUAUGACGGUACCGGCUUGCCUCCUCCAUUCGAGAAGCGGAAGGAGGUACGGGUCGUCUUCUUCGACGUGACAGACAAGAGUCCCAGGGACCAGUUCGUACUCUGCUGUUUAGCCGUCUUCGUACUUUAUCUCGCCUACGGUUUCCUUCAGGAAUUGAUUUUCACCCAACAGAAGUUCAAGUCUUUCGGAUGGUACAUCACACUAAUUCAAUUCGCAUUCUACACCGUAUUUGCAAAGUUGGAAUGCAUCCUGUUCAGAAAAUCUGAGAGAAGGGUGUCUCUGAGAAUUUAUUCUCUAUUGGCGUUUUUGACCCUUGGUACAAUGGGUUUGUCAAAUUCAUCGUUGAUGUACCUCAACUACCCUACUCAGGUGAUAUUCAAAUGCUGCAAGCUAAUCCCUGUGAUGAUCGGAUCGAUCCUGAUCCAGAAUAAAAAGUAUAAGUGUAUGGAUUUCAUUGCAGCCCUCUGCAUGUGUGUCGGGCUGAGCUAUUUCACCUUGGCGGAUAGUGGAAUCUCGCCUACUUUUAGCCUUAUUGGUGUGUGUAUGAUUUCAUGUGCUCUCGUGUGUGAUGCUGCAAUCGGCAAUGUUCAAGAGAAGUACAUGAAAGCGAAUGGAGCUUCCAACACUGAAGUUAUUUUAUACUCUUAUUCGAUUGGAUUCGUCUAUCUGUUGUUUGUCCUCCUCCUGACGGGUGAUUUAAAACAAGGGAUCCAUUUUAGCAGCGAAAAGCCUGUAGUCUUUUGGUAUACGAUGUGGUUUUCGCUGACCGGCUAUCUCGGCGUUCAGGUCGUGCUGACUCUGGUGACAAUGUCAGGUGCUUUGGUCGCUGUCACGAUUACAACUUGUCGAAAAGCCGUUUCAAUAAUUGUCUCCUUUGUCUUUUUUACAAAACCUUUUACAAUACACUAUGUUUGGGCAGGAUUGAUAGUCAUCCUUGGUAUAUACUUAAACCUUGCAAGCAAGAAUGUCGGCCUGCAAUCUAGUCUGAAAAAAUUUAUUCAUUCGAUCAAACUGCUGAUAUUAACAAAACGACCUGAAAAAUCCAUUGAGACGACUGUGUGAUGUAUGUAAUAGUUUAAUCAGCUUCGCCUUUAAAAAAGUGUUACCAAAUUAAAUUAUUACACUUUUA